CGAUGCUACUGAAAAAUAAUACCCCAGGUGAGAAGAGUGAACAGUCAGAGUGAACACUGGACUGCAAUUUAUUGGAUCUCCGAAGCAGGUGGGGCAAAAAGUAUGCUUGAAGACUGAAGGCUCCAACAAUCUUUAUCAUUAGAAUUUGGACCUUCACCGGAAUCUAUUAUCAUGAAAAAGAAGGUCUUGUUGAUGGGCAAGAGCGGAUCUGGCAAGACCUCCAUGCGGUCAAUCAUAUUCUCAAAUUACAUUGCAAGAGACACCAGACGGCUGGGAGCAACAAUCGACGUUGAACACUCCAACCUAAAGUUUCUCGGCAAUCUGACACUUAACUUGUGGGACUGCGGCGGUCAAGAAGCGUUUAUGGAAAACUACUUUACAUCGCAAAGAGAUCACAUUUUCAAAAACGUUGAAGUACUUAUUUACGUAUUUGAUGUCGAAAGUCGAGAUGUAGAAAGAGACAUGCAUUAUUACCAAUCUUGCCUUGAAGCCAUCAUGGCAAACUCAAGAGAGGCGAAAAUUUUCUGCUUAGUUCAUAAAAUGGAUCUUGUACAAGAGCAUCAAAGAGACAAGAUGUAUGAAGAACGAGUGAAUGAAUUGAAAACUAGAUCAGAGCCACUGAAGAUAAAGACGUUCCGAACGUCCAUCUGGGACGAAACGUUGUACGCUGCUUGGUCUACCAUUGUACAUGCUUUAAUACCCAAUAUUCGAACAUUAGAAUCCCAUCUCAAUAAUUUCUGUUCAAUAUGCGAUGCAGAUGAAGUUGUCUUAUUCGAACGAUCCACUUUUUUGGUCAUUGCGAAUGCAGCCAGAAUCAACCAUGUAGAUGCUCAUCGAUUUGAAAAGAUCAGCAACAUUAUCAAGCAGUUUAAUCUUGGAUGCAGCCGGUCACAAACUCACUUCAAAAGCAUGGAAAUCAAAGGAAGUUCGUUCACAGCGUUUAUUGAUGUGUUGACAAAUAACACAUAUGUUAUGGUGGUGAUGUCGGACCCUACUAUUCUGCCAGCAGCAACGUUGAUGAACAUCAAUGUAGCCAGAAAACACUUUGAGAAAUUAGCAGAACCUUGAUGAGGCUGCUUUGUAAAUCUCGUCCCUUUUUAUAAUUUUUAUUAUUACAAUUGAUUCUUAUAUCUUGUUAAACAGAAAAAGACAUACGAGAUCAA